AUGCGCUUCUCGAGUUCUUCGCUCCUCGUCGCGGCGGCCUUCGUUAGCAAGGUUGCUGCCCACGGUUAUGUGCCCAGGCUCAUCAUCAAUGGGCAGACAAUUCCAGGAUGGGAUGUAACGACUGAUGGCUAUACCACGCCGCAGCCCUUGAGAGUCGUCCGAGCGACAAAACCCGACAGCGGCUAUAUCGCUGAUCCCAUGUCAAAGGAUAUCACUUGCUCAAUCGGAAACUCCAAACUACCUCCUGGCCCUAUUACGGCAACUGUCGCUGCUGGAGGAACAGUUACGGCCCAAUGGAACACAUGGCCCCUUGGCCACUAUGGUCCCGUGCUGAACUACAUGGCGAAGUGCCCCUCAACGGGAUGCUCAUCCUGGAGGGCUGACACUGGUACCCCAUGGUUCAAGAUCCAGCAAGAUGUAUACAAGAACGGGGAGUGGGCGUCCGAUACCCUUGCUAAGACUGGCUUUAGAUAUGACAUUAAGAUCCCGAAGAACAUUGCUCCUGGCGACUACCUCCUCCGUCACGAGAACCUUGCUCUGCACGGUGCCUCGAACAUUGGUGGUGCCCAGUUCUACCCGGUUUGCAUUCAACUCACUGUAACGGGCGGCGGGUCACUGAACCCAUCCGGUCUCGGCUUCCCUGGCGCCUACAGGGCCACCGAUCCUGGCAUCCACUUCAACCCCUACCAAGGCGACGCCGCAAACAGGGCAUACAAAGCCCCUGGUGGAGAUGUCUAUCCAGGACUGAACUGA